AGGGCGUGACUCGGGGCGUGGCGUCCGCUUCCCUGGCCGCAGCGGCGGUUUGGUCGUGGGCCCCGCGGGUGGCCCCGGGUCACGGCCCGCGCUUCGGCGGCCAUCUUACCCGCGCGCGGCUCCCGCGGCGGGCGGGGCGGCGUCGGGCCGGAAACGGCUGUGUGGCGGCGCGCUACCUCCUCAGGGACAUAACAAGAAUCUCAAGACAUGUGAAUAUUUAUUGAGGAGCUGCUUCUACUUGUGAGAACAUAGGUGGAGAGAAAAUACAAAUAUAGAGAAAAAAGAAGGUUUGUGUAGAGAAUUCAACUUAAGGAAUGUGAUUUGUUGAUAUUUUAAACCUCUUAUUUUUCAACAAUUUCAGUGAAUGGACCUGACUGGACUUUUUGCGCCCAUCAAUAAACAUGAGUGGUACCAAGCCUGAUAUUUUGUGGGCACCACACCAGGUUGAUAGAUUUGUUGUAUGUGACUCAGAACUGAGCCUUUAUCAUGUGGAAUCGGCUGUGAAUUCAGAACUUAAAGCUGGAUCAUUACGUUUGUCUGAAGACUCUGCAGCUACAUUACUGUCAAUAAAUUCAGAUACACCCUAUAUGAAAUGUGUUGCAUGGUAUCUCAAUUAUGAUCCUGAAUGUCUCCUAGCAGUUGGACAAGCAAAUGGUCGAGUUGUACUUACAAGUCUUGGUCAAGAUCAUAAUUCUAAGUUUAAAGAUUUGAUAGGAAAAGAAUUUGUCCCAAAACAUGCUCGACAAUGCAAUACCCUUGCUUGGAAUCCACUGGAUAGUAACUGGCUUGCUGCUGGUCUGGACAAGCACAGAGCUGACUUUUCAGUUCUGAUAUGGGAUAUCUGCAGCAAAUAUACUCCUGAUAUUGUUCCCAUGGAAAAAGUGAGACUUUCAGCAGGUGAAGCUGAGACAACACUAUUAGUAACCAAACCACUGUAUGAGUUAGGACAAAAUGAUGCUUGUCUAUCUCUUUGUUGGCUUCCACGAGACCAGAAACUUCUCCUUGCUGGCAUGCAUCGUAACCUAGCCAUAUUUGAUCUUCGGAACACAAGCCAGAAGAUGUUUGUAAAUACAAAAGCUGUUCAAGGAGUGACAGUAGACCCAUACUUCCAUGAUCGUGUUGCUUCCUUCUAUGAAGGUCAGGUUGCAAUAUGGGAUCUUAGAAAAUUUGAGAAGCCAGUUUUGACUUUGACUGAGCAGCCAAAGCCCUUGACAAAAGUAGCAUGGUGUCCAACUAGGACAGGUCUGCUUGCUACUUUAACAAGGGAUAGUAAUAUUAUUAGGCUGUAUGAUAUGCAGCAUACACCUACGCCCAUUGGGGAUGAAACUGAACCCACAAUAAUUGAAAGAAGUGUGCAACCUUGUGACAAUUACAUUGCUUCCUUUGCAUGGCAUCCAACGAGUCAAAAUCGAAUGAUAGUUGUAACUCCCAACCGAACAAUGUCUGACUUCACUGUUUUUGAAAGGAUAUCUCUUGCCUGGAGCCCAAUUACCUCUUUAAUGUGGGCUUGUGGCCGUCAUUUGUAUGAAUGUGCGGAAGAAGAAAGUGACAAUUCCUUAGAAAAAGAUAUAGCAACAAAAAUGCGCCUCCGGGCUUUAUCAAGGUAUGGACUUGAUACAGAGCAGGUAUGGAGAAACCACAUUUUAGCUGGAAAUGAAGACCCACAACUCAAGUCACUCUGGUAUACUCUGCACUUUAUGAAGCAGUAUACAGAAGAUAUGGAUCAAAAAUCUCCAGGCAACAAAGGAUCGUUGGUUUAUGCAGGAAUUAAAUCAAUAGUAAAAUCAUCUUUGGGAAUGGUGGAAAGCAGCAGACAUAAUUGGAGUGGCUUGGACAAACAAACUGAUAUUCAGAACUUAAACGAAGAGAGGAUUUUAGCAUUACAACUUUGUGGGUGGGUAAAGAAAGGAACGGAUGUAGAUGUGGGACCAUUUUUGAACUCUCUUGUGCAAGAAGGAGAAUGGGAAAGAGCUGCUGCAGUGGCUUUGUUCAACCUGGAUAUUCGGCGAGCAAUCCAAAUCCUGAAUGAAGGGGCAUCUUCAGAAAAAGGAGAUCUGAAUCUCAAUGUGGUAGCAAUGGCUUUAUCAGGGUAUACGGACGAGAAGAACUCUCUUUGGAGAGAGAUGUGCAGCACACUACGGUUGCAGCUCAACAACCCCUAUCUCUGUGUCAUGUUUGCAUUUCUGACCAGCGAAGCAGGAGCUUAUGAUGGAGUUUUGUAUGAAAACAAAGUUGCAGUACGUGACAGAGUGGCAUUUGCUUGUAAAUUCCUUGGUGAUACUCAGUUAAAUAAAUACAUUGAAAAGCUGACCAAUGAAAUGAAAGAGGCUGGCAAUUUGGAAGGAAUCUUGCUUACAGGCCUCACUAAAGAUGGAGUGGACUUGAUGGAGAGCUACGUGGAUAGAACUGGAGACGUCCAGACAGCAAGCUACUGCAUGUUACAGGGUUCACCUUUAGAUGUUCUUAAAGAUGAAAGGGUUCAAUAUUGGAUUGAGAAUUACAGAAACUUAUUAGAUGCUUGGAGGUUUUGGCACAAACGAGCUGAAUUUGAUAUACAUAGGAGUAAAUUGGAUCCCAGUUCCAAGCCAUUAGCACAGGUGUUUGUGAGUUGUAAUUUUUGUGGCAAAUCAAUCUCCUACAGCUGUUCCUCAGUGCCUCAUCAGGGCAGAGGCUUUAGUCAAUAUGGUGUGAGUGGCUCACCAACAAAAUCGAAAGUCACAAGUUGCCCUGGCUGUCGGAAACCCCUUCCUCGGUGUGCACUUUGCCUCAUUAAUAUGGGCACGCCUGUUUCCAGCUGUCCCGGUGGAUCCAAAUCGGAUGAAAAAGUGGACUUGAGCAAGGACAAAAAGUUAGCUCAGUUUAACAAUUGGUUUACCUGGUGUCACAAUUGUCGGCAUGGCGGGCAUGCUGGACAUAUGCUUAGUUGGUUCAGAGACCAUGCAGAGUGUCCUGUAUCAGCAUGCACAUGUAAAUGUAUGCAGUUGGAUACAACAGGGAAUCUGGUACCAGCAGAGACUGUUCAGCCAUGAGAUGCUACACCUAAAGAGAAACCUUCAAAUGAGGAGUUUUUAAUCGCUGUCUUUCACAGUUCAGAAACAUACCUCAGAACAAGUCACUCACGACUCUCCUAUGAUGGGAAAAUAAAUCAUUCUGUCAGAUCAGCAGUUUGAUGUUUGAGUGAUUUUGAUGUGCUUCUUAGAGGCAGAUGCUGCUGAAGCGAACAUCAGAGCAUGAAUAUAAGUUCUGUUCAGUAGGUUAAAGUUCAUUUGAAAGAACCUUCUAGAGUUUUGUCAAAAAUAUGAAUGUAUAUAGAAGGUUUUAGAAUAAAAACAUACCUCUGCCUGCAUCUUCAAUCUGAACUUGGUAUCUUCUGAUAGAAUCUGUACAUAUUUAAAGUCAAAAGGUCAAUUUAGUGGUUCAGAUAACAGUUUAAGCUUAUCCAUGUUUAGAUUCCAUUCAGAUAAAAUGUGUUUUUACAUUGAGCAUUAGCACCUCACCCACACUGCUAAUAUGUUUGAGGAAAGUACAUGCAUGCAUGCAAUAUAGGUCAUUGUUGUAUUCCUCAAAAAUCCAGCACUGAGAUGGUUUAGCACCUAAGGGGGCUGCUGAUCCUAAUGACCUGAGUUUAAUCCUUGGGACCCACGUGUCGAAGGCAAUGAAUCCCCUGACCUCCACAAGUGUCCUGUGGCAUGAGGCAGGCAGAUACACACACACACUUAGAAAGUAAAUGAAUUAAAAAAUAUAUCUCACAACAUUUUUUUCUUUACAAAAGAAAAAAAAUGUGUCAAGUUUCAGGAAAACAUGCUAAAGAGUUUUCAUUUUAGUUUUUUUUUUUUUUUUUCUCCUGGGUUCUGAUUUGUCUUUGGAGAUUUCUCUACUUACCAUCCUAACUUAGCAUUCAAAGCCUUUGGAAGAUCUUAUGUAGGAACCGGCUUAAUGGUGCUGUCUUUCAGUUUUGGAAUCUGUCUUUUUCAAUGAUGUUGGGCAAAACAGGGGUGUUCCUGAAGUCUACUUUAGAUAUAAGUUGCUAAAAGUAUGUGUACUGGGGCCAGUUCAAGGACUUGGUUUCUAUUUUUGUUUGUCUGACUAUGGACAGGUUUAAGAGAGGAUUUAUAUCAAGAGUCCUGUCAUCUGCUGUGUACAGCAACUGAACUGAAUGUUUUGCUAGAAGUAAUAACCUUAGAGGAUUUUUUUCUAUAGAUGUUGGAGAUAUGUCUGAAGCUUCGUGUCAGCAGCUGGGCUGAGGAAAGACUAAGAUCCUUUAGACUAGACCGAGUUGUGAUGUACAUAUUCACAACUUGUUUAUUUAAGAUCUGAUUAUACAAAAGACAGAGUAACCUUGGGGAUAGUAUAUAUCUGCCCUAAAUUUCUGCUGGGUGACAGUUUUCAGAUGAAAAACUUGGGAAUAAUGACUUAUUUCUUAUAGAAAUUGCCAUUAUGAGAUUAUUGGUCUUCAUAAAUCUUAUUACUUUCAUUAUUUAAAUAUUUUCUUUAAUGUUGCAUAAAUUAAAAUAUUCCUUUUAACCUUACUGUGUCUUUAACAUGAGCUUUAAAGUAAUGACACAUUCUUAGGAUAUAUCUUUUCAUUUUUUUCUAAAAGUAUAAUAUAAAGUUAAUGAAAGUUUUGAUACAGAGUAUAGGUAUAAAUAUGAACUCAAUUAUGUAAAUAUAGACUUAAUAUGUGACAUUUUAAAGAUCUUCUAUGUAAUAGCUUCCUAAUAGUUCCUUUGAACUAUACAGCUUAUAUUGAUGUCUAUUUAUCUUGUCUUGCAUUGUAUGUGGAAUGAAAAUAGAUUCAAAUUAUUUCCCCAUUUUUUAUCCCCUAGGUCACUGGUAUUUGAGAUUAAACUCAACAAGGUAUUGUUGAGUUACUGAGAUAGUGUUGCCAUUGUAUACAUAAAACAACAUAGGGACAUUUUACUUGUCUUGGACAAAAUAAAUAAUGACCGCUGACAAAUACAUUAGUAGCACCCCGAUUAAAAGGAUAAUCGCAAAGGACAGAAGAUGUAGGUCAUUGGGAACGUGUGCUUAGCAUACAUAAGGUAAGUUCUCAAGGUUUCUUAGCACCACAUGCACACAAAGGGAGAAAGGAGGGUGCUGUUCACCUGUCUGCAUCUAUUAAAAGGGAAUAUCUGCAUUCUAAUGACUAUUGGAAGACAACAACCCAAGAGAACACCAUGAGCAACAAUGAAGUCAGUGUAAGUGUUUUUCAAAUGAAGUAGGCAAAUACAUGUUAAAACCCUUAGAGAUAUGCAACCCUUUGUCCUAAGAUGGCAGAAAAUUUUUAUGAGUUACUAACUGGUUAGAUGUGCAGAUAUAUGAAUGAUGUAGUUCUUUGCUUCAUUUUCAGUACAAAUGUAGAACUUUAAUGUCCACUCUAACAAUAAAUAUUAACAUAUACAGAGUUAAUAGUAACCAACUAUUCAAAUAAAGUAGAUGUUUUUACUUAGCAAGCUCAGUGCCGUUGGUAGUUGAAGAAGAAAGGCUGGUUACAUGAGAACAUGCACAGCAUGUUAAGUAUAUUUUCAUGGGAAUUUUACAGUCCUGUUGGGCUUUGGGUGAUGUUUAUCUUUUUGUUAUCUAGCAUUUUCAAUGAUGAGAGAUGUAAAAAUAAAUGCAAAUGUAUAUCUCCCAUAUUACUGGCUUUUCCAGUUAACUGCAACCAGGCAUCUUCUGUUUCCAGUCAUGAAACAGCCAGAUGUGAUUUAUCUAAGAUAAACUGCUUCAUAAUAGGAAAGUUAGUACAGUUCUAAUUUAUUCAGCAAGCAUUUCCCCCAGUUCUGUGUUUGGUAGGAAGACUGCAAUAACAGCACACACUUAGUCCAGCACUCAGGAGAGUUAGAAAGUGCAUUGCACUCUCCAUUUAGCACCCCGAAGAAUGGUUCUAAACUUCUAAUUUCCCUGUAGUCACUGGUAUAUAUAGUACUAUCUCACCCUCUGCUCUCUCUCCCGUGUCUUCCUCCUAGAUUUUCUGACUCUUCUCUUCUGGCUCUGGCCAUGGCAGGAAACCUGCUCUCCAUUGUUAUCCAACCUGGAGUGCAUACAUACACUACAUUCUCAGUAAGUUUCUCACAGGAAGUGGUGAGUUCUCAGUGUGCCCAGAUACCCAUGCUUCUAACAGCCUAGCAGUCAUCUGCUUGCCUUGAUGGGUGGACAUUUUUAAGGUCAUGAUAUUAAAUAAUGGACGGCACCGUCAUUGCUGUGGAAUCAGUGUCUGAGUAAAGGCACAGCCAUAAGUUUCGUUUGUUGUAGCACUUGCAGCUUCACAGCCAAAAUGUCAGUCUCUUUCAUUUUUGUUUUGAAAUUUUAACAUAACUUUCUAAUAACUUUCAAAUAAUUGAGGGAAAUAGUUGUCCAUAAUGUCUUCCAAAAUGCAAUUUCCUUACUAAUACCAUUGGUGGGACAAUGUUUUUAAAUGCUUUGCUUUAAGAUUAAGGAUAAUUUAUGUAAUGCCAGAAAUAGCAAUAAUAAUUCAACACAUAUUCUUUCAUCCAAUUUAUGAAAAACAUGCUGCCUUAAUGUAAUUUCCUAACUAGAAAUUCAGAUAGAGUAAUUUAAUUAAGUUGGCAUCUUAAACUCACAAAGACAAAAUUGUCUGGAAGUAUGUUUGAAGGGAUUGAUGUCUCAAAUGUGAAACAGACAUUUAUAUAUAAAUUCACAAAAACUAUUAUUUAAAUAAUAUUAGUUUCACUUACAUGCUUUAUAUACACUUAAAUAUGCAAAAAACCCUGAAGUUUGAAAUAACAAAUCCUCAUAUUCACAUUUUUGUUAUAACCAUGUUUGGUUAAUGAUAGUCAAAUAACUUGCCUUUGUCAAAUGUAAUAAUGUUUUUAAAUUAUGUAAUUGUGUGUUUAAAUAUAUAUAAUAGUAUUUUGUGAAAAAAAAUCA